AUGAGACUACACCUAGCAAGGUUGAUACCUCUAGGUGUUGUCGCCAUCACCCUUCGUCAGUCUACUGCGUUUACAAAUGCUCCAGACUCACAAAGGAGACUGCCAAGAGGAUUCAAAAGGCCCACACCAGGUGCCGCUUUUCCAGUGACUGCAGAUGAAAAUGCUGAUGCCCCCAAAAAACAGGCAAAAUUACAACAGAGAAGCAACAGGACAGCUCCUAAACCAGCUUCUAAGAAAAUAAGAGACAAGCCAAAGUCGGCUGUUGCUGAUGAGCGAAGGAAAAGGAAAGAGGAGGUAAUGAAGCAACUGAAGAUAAAAUUGGAAGAACGAAGAAAACAAGAAAGCCAGAAAAAAGAAGGUGGACUUCUUGAGAGGCUCAACCCUUUCCAAGCAGGCCAAAACCUUCGAAAAACUCUUGAUGAUCUUGGAAGCCUAACAGCUAUAGGAAAAGGUUUACCUGAUCGGACAAAGCAGAAGUAUUAUCUGGACGAUAGAUUCCUCGAAGGCGGAGGAAGUGGCCCCCUUCUUUCUGAGAGAAACCCGUACUCGGAUCGAUUAGAACGAGAGAACUAUGUUCCAGAGGUAUUGGUCGUGGGUGCUACAGGAGAAGUAGGACGACUGGUCGUACGACGACUACUACUGGAAGGGAGGUUUCGUGUCCGAGUGCUCGUAAGAGAUCUAUAUUCGCAGACUUUGAAUCUUUUGGGUACCGGUGUCACUUAUUGUCAGGGGGAUCUAAAUAACGUGGAGAGCUUAGAGUAUGCCUUAACUGAUGUCGACAAAAUUGUGUUUUGUGCUGGUGCACCUCGUCCUGACGAAGAAGAUUUUCAAAAGAAGUUCAAAACUUAUGUUGUCGAGAGUCUAUCGGACGACAGUAAAGAAGCGGAAGUAAUGGGUGUUGAAAAUCCGAGUGCUGACGACUUGCAAUGGCAGCAGCUUAGAUCAGUUUUGGAUGUUCGUUCCCAGCUUGCGGAGCAUGUUGAUUGCAUUGGAAUGCAAAAUCUUGUCACCGCAUAUCAGAACGUGCGUUAUGCAGAUUAUGGUACCCCACAAGCUGCAAAAAGGUCCCUCUUUAAAUUCGGGAGCAGACCUGAAGACUUUUCAUUGUUUGCUGUUGAUGGUGGCUCCAAUGACUUUGAUUUAAAAAUUGACGGAACAGAGUCAGAGGAAGAGAUUGAAAAAAUGAUUUCUGAAGAGUCAUACUUCGAUGAACUCGCUGAUGAUGAUUUAUAUGACGAGACUUAUGACGACGCCUACGAUGAUGACCACUGUGGAUUCGAGGAACUUUCCGAUACGACUGUCCGAACCCAAGUGCAGUGGAUGCGGAACACGUUUGGACAUGGAGUUUUUGUAGGCAGAAUUCCUAAAGACGGUACAACAGCAGUGGGGGAGGCUGCUGUUGUCAGCAGUAGGCUUCGAAGUCGUGAAAAACCCGAGAUUGGAAUAAAUCUGAGUUCAGGAUUUGCAGGGUUCGUUGUUCGUCUCUGCGGUGAUGGCAGCAAAUAUGAAUGCUUUAUAAGGACCAAAGACUACGAUGAGUUGGGUAUAGAAUAUGUGUGUGGAUUCAGUACAAGCACAAAACGAACUUCGCCUGAGAACAAGUCUAGGAACAAAUUCAUCACGUGUCGUUUGCCAUUCGAAAGCUUCAAGCCUGUGUCGAGAAAAGAGGGCAAGAAAACCAAGGAAGAUCAAAAAAUUAAGAAAUUUCUCGGACAUGAUGUUCGCUACAUUGGCUUCAGAUACCGAUGUGAGAGUAACGAGGGUGAAGGAUCGAGAUUGAACGAUGCUACCCACCACAGCUUCUACAUCGCUUUGUCUUAUAUCAAGGUAUAUCGGGUACAGCCUGAGCCAGAAUUCGUUUUCCUUAGCGACAGCAGGAUCCCAUCUCAUGUCAGGAACGGGAUGGUACGACACGAGAGACGGCAGAUUCUCAAAACAGAAGUUGAAACACAAGAAACUAUAAUCCUGGACGAGAACUCGUUUGGAACGAGCGAUAUCCUCAUUCGUAGUCAAGAAGAGACGUAUUACAAAUACCGCGGAGAGGAAAUUUUGAAGAAAAGUGGAUUGAGCUAUACAAUUGUAAGGGUUUAUGGUUUCAACGAAGAUCCAUCAGGGGAAGUCGGCACGAUCGAGCUAAAAAAGUCGAAUCAACAAAUGAGUGCGGUUUCAAGGGCAGAAGUAGCGCAAGUAUGCGUUGGCGCACUACUGGAUCCAAAUGCCUUAAACAAGAGCGUCUGUAUGAGUAAAAGGAGAAGUAGUGGAAUUGACGACGAGGACAUUUCCAAGAAGUUUGCGGCAGUGAAAAGUGACAUAUCGUAG